UGAGGAGUUAGUCAGUUGUGAACCGCCUUAGAAUAGCUUCUGCAAGUGCUUACAACGCCUUAUUGAAGGAUUAGAUAUUUUCUGUCAAAUCAAAAUGAAAGUUUUCGGCCUUUUGCUGGUGCUUUGUGUGUUUACUCUGUCAACAUCUUCUAAAGAUGUAGAAUCUAAGGACAAAAAGAAAAAUGAGGAGGCAGAACCGUAUCGUCCACAACCCAAAAUUUUCUUCAAUAAAUUCACUACAACGACAGCAGCUACAACGACCCAACAGCAAUACCAGCUCAUCAUUACCAACACUGGCACUGGUACCGGUACUGCCACAGCUACUGGUACAGGUACAGGAACAGGAGGCGAUUAUUAUUAUUAUGUUGAUUAUGCAAAUGGACGGCGGCGUAGGUUCAGAAAACGUGCUCCUAGGCGUAGACGGGGACGUGGACGUAGACGUGGACGUGGGCGAAGACGCGGAGGUCCUAGGCGACGUAAAGUUGUUUUGACGAAAGGUGGCAAUCGAAAUAGGAGAAAUCGAAAAGGAAAGCGAGUUAUUUUAAAGCCGGUUGGAAAAUGAAUGAAAUUCGAAGGAAUUUAGUUCGUUUUGUUUAUAUUUAUUAUAUUUAUUUCUUAUAUAUAAAAAAGGACUAAAGCAGGAA